UACAAUUAGUCGAAAGAAGAAAAUAAGAAUUUGAAUGACAGAUUAAUUUAGUUGCUGUCGGGUAACAUUGAAUAUUGAUUUAUUCAUUUAUUAAUUAAUCAAUGGAUAAUUUAUCAUUAGUCGAAAUAAUUGAUCGUACACGAUUAGUAUCGGAUGUAACCGAACCAAUAUUACCGGUUUGUUGUCCAGUACCCGGUGGAAAUUUACGACCAGGAUCAUUGAUCAUUUUGUAUGCAUCUUGUCCGAAUAAUCAAGGAAGAUUUCGUAUAGAUCUUUAUGCAAGUAAUUGUCAACAUUGUCGUAGUGAAGAUGGUAAAAAAAGUCUUUAUGAUCCGGCUGAACGAAUUGUUGCUCUUCAUUUUAAUGCACGUUUUGGUGAAGGAAAAGAUGGAUCUAGUUAUGUAGUGAUGAAUUCAUUUCAUGAAGGUAAAUGGGAUCAAGAUGAACGAAGUACAGUGUUUCCAUUUCAACCGGAACAACCAUUUUGUUUGAUGAUAUUGACCGAAGAAGAACGAUUUCGUAUCUAUGUUGAUGGUGGUGAACGACCACAUUAUCAAUUUCAACAUCGAUUUUCAAUCGGUGAUAUUGGUCGAAUACAUAUUGAAGGUCCUAAUCUAUCAGUCGAAUUGAUUGAAUUUCGUGAACCAGGAAUCGAUCAGGAACAAUCUUCACCAUUACCAUCAAUUAUUCAAGAUCCAUCUGCUGUUACAAUUCAACCGUCUACUGUUGUUGAUGAUAAUGUUGCCCGAGAAAAUCGGGAUGUAUCGGAUAAGAAUGAAAACACUAACAUUGUUCAUUCACCUUCGAUACCAUAUUUUGAACAUAAUAUAAAUUUUGGAAAACCUUGCGACAUCAUUAUCAAUGGAAUGAUAUUAGAUCCAUUCAAUAAAUAUUUUGUUAUCAAUUUAGCAAAUACUAAUGGUGAUCGUGAUGCUAAAAAACAAAACAUACCAAUCCAUAUUAGUAUACGUGUGGAUCAAUCAAAAAUUGUACGUAAUUCAUUGAUCAAUGGUGUUUGGGGCCAAGAAGAAACCUGUUUGGAAGGAACAUUUCCAUUAACAAUUGGAUCAAUGUUUGAAGUAUUUAUCCAAAAUCAAAAUGAAUCUGUAUCGAUUUCAAUUAAUGGACAAUUAUGUUGUCAAUAUAAACAUCGUCAUGAUCCGAAAACAAUCGAUACAAUUGAAAUUAAUGGCAGUGUACGAUUGGAUUCAAUACGUUAUCGAUUCAAUUGAAAAUUUUAAAUUAAUUAAUCAAAUUUUUUUUUUCGUUUGAUUACCUUCAAUUAAUAAUGAAAAAAAUA